GUGAUAAUUAAAAAGAAAAAGGAAAAGAUAGUUGCCCGAGAAAAACGAGUAAACAAAACCAAAACGUGAAAGUGGUCGGCAUUGACGGCUUUGUCUGUCUGAUUUCUUUUUUUUUUCGGUCCGAGGCAAAGCCUCAGAGAUAACGCUGUCCUCAAAAUCAUUGAUCUGACCUAGAAGCCAUGGACGCCAAUUCCCAGCAACCAGCUACCGGUGGUUCUCCGCCUAAACCAUGGGAGCAAGCUGGGGGCUCGUCUAGUUCCGGACCCUUUAAGCCACCAUCACCUGGCAGCACCAGCGAUGUGGUGGAGGCAUCCGGAACAGCAAGACCAGGUGAAAUUGUUCCGACUGCUGAUAGAACUGCAGCUGUGAAUAGAAACGCUGUUGGUAGGCCUUUACCUAGUAGGCCUUGGGAGCAACAGAAUUAUGGGUAUGGAUCUGGUUUAAACUACAACUCAGGGUAUGGUUUGGGAAUGUAUGGUUCAUCAUAUGGUGGAUUAGGGUCUUAUGGUGGUGGAUUGUAUGGUAACGGCAUGUAUAGAGGAGGUUAUGGUGGUCUAUAUGGGAACUCUGGAAUGUACGGUGGUGGAAUGUAUGGUGGUGGCCUAGGUGGCGUUGGGGGUCCAAUGGGUGGUUAUGGAAUGGGCAUGGGUCCAUAUGGUGAGCAAGAUCCAAAUAAUCCUUUUGGGGGUCCCUCAUCCCCGCCAGGCUUUUGGAUUUCCUUCCUCCGUGUGAUGCAAGGUGUUGUUAACUUCUUUGGCCGGAUAUCUAUUCUGAUAGACCAGAAUACACAAGCAUUUCACAUGUUUAUGACUGCUCUUCUUCAGCUUUUUGAUCGCACGGGAUUAUUGUAUGGAGAAUUAGCUAGAUUUGUGUUAAGACUGCUGGGAAUCAAAACAAAGCCCCGAAAAGUCAAUCAACCAGGACCCCAUAACCCUCAUGGGAAUCAGAACUAUAUUGAGGGGCCAAAGGCUGCUCCAAGUGGCGCAUGGGACAAUUUAUGGGGAGAAAAUGGUAGCACUUAGUUUGCUACUCAAUCUCCAUCCAACGACAUCUGGUAAAUUGACCAGAGCUUUAAAAAGGCUUGUCGGAGCAUGGAUGAGACAAAUUCAACUACUUGCAUGAUGAAAGCUAGGUGGUGUUCAUCUGAAGAAUGUUUGUGGUCGAAGUUUUUCUGCUUGUUUUGAACGUACCUAGUACUUCCAUAUUGUUAAAAAGAUGAGACAUGAUAAUAGCCAUUAAAUGUGCAUAUAGGCUUCUUGAUACUAAUGAAAGGAAAAUAUGAUGCUUGAAUGAA